CGCGGUCUCUCGGCCCCGAGGCGAGUGGUUCCCUCGGGCGAGAUCCGCCACGGCUUGAAGUGGAAGCAAUGACGUAAGGCCGGGCGGCCAUUCGAGGACCUCGCUCCGCAGGCUCUGAAGCGGAGGACGAGGGCUGCAGGCGUCCGUCCGCUUGGGCCAACAUUCCAUCGCAUUCAUGUUCAUGAUGUUGGGUGGGGCGAAAUCCGGAGAGAAUGAAAGAAAGGCAAGCGCCUUGAAGGAGGAGGCGAACGAACUUAUUGUGAUGUGUGCAAAGCAUCGGUUCGCUUGUGUGGAAUCGAGCGCACCGGAGUUGCAUGUUGUACCCUCUCCGGAUGGAUGGAAAGAUGUGGUUCGACUAGCUGAAUUCCAUAAGCCUCGAAAUCUCAUCACACUUGGAGCCAAAGCUUUGCAUCUCGUGUUGUUUGUUUAUAGCCAGCAAAUGCUAGCCCUGUAGCGCGUGCUGUGCUCACAAUAUUCCCCGCUCAACCAGUCGACUGGAUCCGCUGGAGGAGAAGGAUUGCGACGCAGCCAUGACCUGGGGGGACGUUGACUAUUUUUCAGAUACAAAAAAGGGUUGACACUCCCCCCUCUCCUCGAGUCGACUACUGUACUACAUCAAGCAAUGGAAAUCAAAAUGAAAAGGUGACGCGCGAGGCAUUGAGUAUGUCAACACCUUAACCCACACUCAACCGUUUUUCUCACUUUUCUCCCAUUUAUUCCCUCUUUCUUCGACACCUCCUCAUGUUUUCUCAAGAUUCCCAAGUUUUUAUUCCCUUGUAAAUAUAGAAGUACACGGAGGAGCGCGGGGAGUUGGUGCAGAGUAUAGGGGUUGUUGUACGCAGUGUUUGAGUUGAGGACUGAUUACGUCGGAGAGGAGAACAAUCCUAAGAAGACAUGAACGCACAAACUUUGGUACUUGCCAGACGAGUCUUUUUGGUCUCGUAUCCACAACGUUGUGGUCUCGCCUUCCAGACGUAAGCCUGUACCUUUAAAUAUGCGCAAAAGGGUUGACAUAGCCUACCUCUGCUAUACACUCUCCACCGUCUGUACAUGUCAACACCUUGACCUACACUCCACCAUUUCUCAGUUCUCUCUUUUCCCUCUCUCCUCCGAAUUUUUAAGAGGUCUUUUUCGAUGCUUUGGAGUAGUUGCAAGGACUUGAGUUGGAAUCAGGUAGCUUCAUCUCUCUUUUGCACAUGCUGCCUUUGAGUCAUUAUGUGAUAUAUAUAGCAUCAUCCUCUAGAAUCUUGGAUUGCAAGGCUGGCUUGGGUUAGGUUGCGAUACUGAUCUCUCUUCGCAUUCCUUGCGGCAAGAAACAAGAACUGAUGUGAUAUACAAGGAAAAGAUGAGGGGAGAAGGAAGAAAGACGUUUGUGUGACCAAGAACAUUAUCCUCUUCUAUAUAACGUACUGGAAUGGCGGUUGCGAGUACGGGGAGAUUACGAUACUUAUUAACAUCACUCUAGCCUCCUUUUGCACCCCUCUUCUACUCGACAGUACGUCCGCUUUGGAAGGAUAAACAUUGAUUUUCCUGCGGUACAAGUUCCUUGUCCUAAGCACGGCCGGCCCUGUCCAAAUACUUAGAGUCAAGGAUAGAAUAUUUGAGCAGUCGUUCAUUCUGAAUGUUGUCCAAAGUUGUGAAUUGAUUUACACUUCAAGUGAAGUUCAAGUUCCAAACCCGAUCUUCCCAGUGAAGAAAACCGUUCACUUAAAAGUAUGAAAGUUUGCAGAAAAUAGGAAUACAGUAAUCAAAAAAAUGUUCACGAAGGGCUUAAAGCUUUGUCAACAAG